AUGGCGCAAUUCGUGACUCAUAUUCAACCAACAUUGGUUGAAUCUGCCCACCAUCACGUACCGCAUCCCCAUCACCACAAAGAACAUCACAAAGACCACAAGGAACAUCAUGGCAAAGAACAUUCCAAGGACAUGCAUUCCAAAUCGGAACACCACUUGGACGGGUCCCACGGCCACCACAGGGAGUUCCCGGUGCUUCCGCACACCCCCAUGGAACAUCACUAUCACGAAUCUCACGACGGUGGUGAGAAGAAGCGAGAUUCCGGCCACUAUGUGGAUUCCCAUGGUGUGUCGCAUGCAUUUCAAUUGCAUUUUGUCGAUUCGCAAGGCAUAUACAGAGACUACCACGGUCACGCCAUAGACGUGGAGCAUCUUGAAAAAGAUAAAGAGAAGGAGAAACACAAAGAUAAAAAGGACCAUAAGGAUCACAAAGAACACCAUGAGGAAAAGUCGCCGUAUAAGGAAGUUACGAGGCCGCAAUUCAUCAAUUUGCAGCCGGUACACGUUGAGAAUAAAUUACACGUAAGUAAAUUUAGAUAA